CUCCCUCGGCAGCUUCAGGUCGCGGCCGUGAACAUUGCAGGCGGCGGCUCGGUGCGCGGAGCCGAACCGGGAACCGGGCAGCGGAGGCCGGGGUCACUUGGGUGCUUCGUGAUGAAUAAAACCACAGCCACGUGCUGGACGCUGAUUCUGUUGGUGGCCAUCUUUUGCGAAAGUGUGACCUGCAAGGGCGGGAGAGGAGGAGCACGAGGCUCGGCUCGUGGCUCGGCUCGCGGACGCUUCCGUGCUACCCGAGUGCGGCCCAAGUACUCCAACUGGAACCGGUCCUAUGGCUCCAGGACACGGGUGGCAGUGGCGGGGGCUGCGGCGGGGGCUGCAGCGGGUCUUGCGGCUGGAGUCAUGGCUGGGAGGCUGCAAAGGUCCAGGCUGAGCUGGGAUGAGGGCAUCCAGGGGUACGUGAACAAGAACUGCUCUCUGGAGAAGAACUGCACGUCCGAAGAGGGAGUCUAUGGUUACAGAGCAUGGACAUCUUCUGCCCUGACGUUGUGGCCUUCCUGCGGUUUGCCAUCCAUGUGCGUUAUGCUCACCUUCAAAUGUUUCCACCUCUAAGUGUGGUUUCCAGUUGUAACUUGGUGUUUCUCACAGCUGCAGUGGCCAUCUCUUUGGAAAGUUCAUUAGAUUAGUCUCUUAAUUGUUGUAGCACUAAAUGGUUUAGACAAUGUGGUAGAGUGUAAGACUUCUAAAAUAGUUCCCCAGCAAGCAAGUGAUUACUGCAAGCACAGUUAUUUGAAAAUUGAUGUCAUUAUCUGUGUAGGAGUGGAUAAAAAUACGACGAAUUGUUGCAAAGUUGUGAUUAGAAGAUUUGCAAUGAUCUUUAAGGUUCUGACACAACUAACCUCCCUGCUGGUCAUCUCACCAUUGAGAUCUUGGGAUUUGAACUGCCUCCUCAUAAAUCUCCUCAAAGAUGCGGUUGAGGGCAGAAGGCAGUUUAUAAACAUUAGUUUUCCACUAAAAUUGGUAAAAAGAUUUCACCCUUGAACUCAGAUGUUACAGAGUUCGGCAAAGGAUUAAAAUUUUGCAUAAUUCCAUUGGGUGUUAUCUUGUAACCAAUGCUGAGCCAAGGCAGCCGGAGGUGAUCUUCUGGUGGACCCAGCCCUAUGUGGAAAAUUUCAACAACUCUGCUUGUCUGACUGAGAAAGGAAUAUUGAGGCUGUUAUCCUUUCCAUUAAUUAGUGCAAUACUGUGCUAAUGCAGGAUGUGUGUAUAACAGCCCUCCAACCUACCAAAUUUACCUAGUACAUUUGAUGUCAGUUGGGCAUAUCAGUAUAUGAAAUAUUGUCAAAGGCUGGCGUAAAAUGAAAGUUAAUCACAUAUCUUAUGUUUCCAUUUGUGGGAAAAUUCAAAGCUAGGUGACAAAAUUUUAAGUCACCAAUAUAUGAUAAGAACAAGGUGCAAAAAAUGAAGCAGUUUCUCAAACCUUCUCCACCAUUAACAAGGCCGAGCCUAAUCAUCUCCCUCACUCAGUCCGUAUCCCUCAGCUUCCUCGAUAUUUGAAAACCCAUCAGUCAAAUCCUUGAAGGAAUUCAGGAUUAAUGAUGAGAAUGUGGGACUUGUUACCACGUAGAGCUGAGGCUUUGAUGCAUUUAAAAGGAAGCUGGAUAAACAUUAGGGGGAAGGAAGGAAUAGGGUUGCUGAUGGGGUGAAGUUAAAUCCAGUGCUGGGACACUUGUGGGUUAAAACUGGUUUGUCAGAAUCACCUGUAGAUUCACCAAUAGACUCUAUACAAGUGAGAGUGUUACACUAAACUUUUUAAUGGAAUCUAUUUUAGUUUAAAGUUGGAGAGGUGACUUAUCUGGGUAUGCCAAGAUCCUGAUUUUUAACCUGUUCAACACACACCCAAAGCCAACAGGGGUGUUUUUGUUAUACAGUAUAUGCACAAACUGCCCUGACCACAUCACUGGGACACAGCUGGGAGUUUAACUGCAGAGGUUUUCAAUCAGCUGGACACAAGGAGUAGAGGUACAUUUACUUGUUGUUAAAUGUCUCUUGUGGAUCAUAAGGCAGCAAUAUUCUGUAAACAUUUCAUUUGUCUAGCACUUUAGGGUCAGCACGUGAGGGGAAAGAGGUGUAUUUUUGUGAAAAUGAAAAAAUGGAUCAUAGUGGAUGUGAUGGGUUUAAGUUUAAUACCAGGUUCAUGCAAGCUGUUUGACUUGAGAAGUCCAAAAAGUGAUUUAAGUUGGCUUCAUUUAUAAAGCUGAGCCCCUCAGAAUUUAACGGAAUUGCCCAAUUUGCACCUCCCCUCUUCUUCACCCAGAUUUUAGUUUUCUCCUUUAAUGUGUUCCUUCCUGUUUUUCAUUUUCUCCCCAUUGUUUUACUUUAUCUCCAGUUUAUGUCACUAUUUAGCUCCACUGAGACUCGCAAGUUGCAUUGUAGAAUUCUCUUGAGGUUAUAUGACAUAAUGAAUCUUAAACUUAAUCCUUAUCCAAUCAGCUUUGUGCAACUUACUUGCGUGGUAAAAGAGUGGUAUUAAAUAAGAUUGCAGUAACAUUUCAGGAGGGAUAUAAUAAUGUGGAGGAAGCAGUUCAGAGGGGUUGACCAGACUAAUAUCUGGCAGAGUCACUGUUUAUAAACAUAGGGUGGCCUACUUAAAGCAGAGAUGAGGUGAAGUCUUUUGACUCAGAAGGUUGUCUUUGGAACUUUCUUCCACGGUGGAAGCAGAAUCUUUGAAUAUUUUGAAAGUAGAGGUAGACAGAUUCUCGAUAGGUGAGGGGUUGGAAAGUUACUGCAGGUAGACAGGGAUGUGGAGGUGAGGUUACAGUUAAAUCAGCCAUGAUCUUAUGAAAUGGAGGGACAGUCUUGAGGGGCCGAGUGGCCUACUCCUGCUGCCAAUAAAACAAACAAAAUUUACAUUCAAAAAUGUGUAGAUGCUAGUUUGACACUGAGGUCCCAGAGCACAAGUUCCUACAAGUGUCUGUGCGUGGAGGAAAGUCAGUUUGUGAGGUGUUUACCCAUCAGUACUGGGCAGUAACAGUAUCAGUCACACAGGAAGAUUACAUAUGGCUAUUUACGCAAAUGCUGAUUCUUUGCGGGUGCAUUCUAAUCUCUGCUCUUUUCCCUUGGCCCUACAAGUUACCUCUUUCCAUCCCAUCUCGUAUGGUCCUGUUCAAUCUCCUUCCAACACCCUUUCACACGAUGCACUGCCCAUCAUGCUGCAAGGUAGGAUGUGUCGUGGAAAAAAGAUGUUCUUUACUCUUUCACAUGCACAGGUUGUUUGAUCAGCUUUAAUGUCUUAAAUGUCGAGAACUGUCACAUUUUUACCUCAAAUCUGGCAGCAAUUUUCAAGUGUGCACAAUUCUUCUAAAAACUGCUCCUCCCAGCAAAGAGAGAGACAUGGGCAGCAGUGAAAGGACAGGGAACCGCUAUGCUUUGCCCAGGUCAGCCAGAGGCCUACACCCUCUUGAGAGGGAAAAAAAACCUUAUCUAGUUUUAAAAUAUGGUUCAUUCUGACUAAUUCUGGAAUAUUGUAACACAGUUAGAUUCCUGACUUGUCAUCAGGAGACUUUAAAAGGUUAAUUUUACUAACAUAUUGCAAUUUUCACAAAGGAACUUUAUUUAAAAAUAUCUAAGCACAAAAUAAGAGCAUAUUCUGAAUCAGGAUAACUUCUGUUUCUCCAUGCAGUGACCUGCCCCUUUUAUACCUUGAAAAUAUCUUAAUCUUGAAAAUUUCAAAAACAAGAUAUCAUGUUUGAACCACUUUAAACGUUAGUUUCUUCUCUCAGCAGAAGACCCAAGAUUGUUUUUUAAAUUAAAAAUGGUUGUGGGGAAAGUUGGGGAAUUACACGCUGCGCAUAAUGGUGGCUAUCUCUUUGGUAGGUUGUAACCUGCUUGUAGUUUCUUUAAUAUUUAAAACGUGGAAGUGAUGUUUGAAGUAUUUUAAUAGUGGUAAAAAUAAUACUUAAGAAACUUUUAUAAAGUAAUGUGGCAGGAAGAAUAUUUCCAUUUUAUAUUCAGCAUUAAGUAACAGUACUUAAUACAACCACUGAUGAACAAUUGUUGCAUAACACUGUGCUUGACGUAUUUGUAUUGGACAUACUUGAUAAAUUAUAACACUUUGUGAUGUUACAUAGAUUGAAAAACAUUUUAGAAAAACUACAAACAAGUCGCAUGCAACAUAUUGUGUUGUAAGAUCUGUUCACUGUUUUUCAUUGUUUGGAAUGCAUCAGUAUUUAGAAAUAGCUACCUAAAAUAAAGUACUUUAUGCACAAUAUUUAUUGUUAAUAUCUUUUUCAGUGAGGCUGUGAACAGUGCUGGUGUAGUGCAUGAAAUAUGACUUGAAUACGAGCCAUCAGAUUG